AUGGGAAAUUGUGUUUCGGAAAAUAAAAAGCCUAGCAAGAAAAGUGGUGCUCACUCCAAUAACUAAAAAAGAGGAGCUGGACGACAAAUGAGCUCAUACAAUAAUGAUGGUAACGAUGAUGGGGUAUAUGUAGAAGACGCUAAUCAUCAUCACAACGAUGCUCAUCAUGAUCAUCAUGUUAUUGUUGACGGUGGUUAUGAUGGAGGAGGACACAGUGGUGGACAUCAUGGAGGAGAUAAUGAUGGCGGCGGAGGAGGUAAUGAUGGCGGUGGAGGAGGCUGCGGAGGUGGCGGUGGCUGUGGUGGCGGGGGCUGCGGUGGAGGAGGAGGUGGUGAUUGA